CCCGUCGGGGCCGCCGCUCCGGACCCGCCAGCCGCCGCCGCCGCCGCCUCCUCCCCCCGGAUCCGGUGUACUGUCCCAACCCGAAAGUCCAGUUCUGCGGCCCGGCAGCGGCGAGCGAGCGCGAUGACACAGGAGGACGACAACAAACGGCCAGUGUUGGUUCUUCAGAAUGAAGCACUUUAUCCACAGCGACGCUCCUAUACUAGCGAGGAUGAAGCCUGGAAAUCUUUCCUGGAAAACCCACUCACUGCAGCAACCAAAGCCAUGAUGAGCAUCAAUGGAGAUGAAGACAGUGCAGCUGCGCUGGGCUUGCUCUAUGACUACUACAAGGUUCCAAGAGAGAGACGGUCGUCAACAGCGAAGCCAGAAGUUGAGCAUACGGAGCCAGAUCACAGCAAAAGAAACAGCAUACCAAACGUGACAGAUCAGCCUCUCAUUUCUGCUGGAGAAAACAGAGUGCAAGUACUGAAAAAUGUGCCCUUUAACAUCGUCCUUCCCCAUGGCAACCAACUGGGCAUUGAUAAGAGAGACCAUCUGACAGCUCCUGAUACAACAGUCACUGUCUCCAUAGCAACAAUGCCUACCCACUCUAUCAAGACCGAAAUCCAGCCCCACAGCUUUGCUGUGGGAGUCCCCCCAGCAGUGUAUCAUCCUGAGCCCACUGAGCGCGUGGUGAUUUUCGACCGGAAUCUCAAUACUGACCAGUUCAGUUCCGGUGCUCAGCCCCCGAAUGCUCAGCGGCGAACCCCAGACUCCACCUUCUCUGAGACCUUCAAGGAGGGUGAUCAGGAGGUUUUCUUCCCCUCGGAUCUCAGUCUGCGGAUGCCUGGCAUGAAUUCAGAGGACUAUGUGUUUGACAGUGUUUCUGGGAACAACUUUGAGUAUACCCUUGAAGCUUCAAAAUCACUUCGGCAAAAGCCAGGAGAUAGCACUGUGACAUACCUGAACAAGGGUCAGUUCUAUCCUGUCACCUUGAAGGAGGUGAGCAGCAGCGAAGGGAUCCACCACCCCAUCAGCAAAGUUCGAAGUGUGAUCAUGGUGGUUUUUGCUGAAGACAAGAGCAGAGAGGAUCAGCUGAGGCACUGGAAGUAUUGGCACUCCCGGCAGCACACUGCUAAACAAAGGUGCAUUGACAUAGCUGACUAUAAAGAAAGCUUCAAUACCAUCAGUAACAUUGAAGAGAUUGCUUAUAAUGCCAUUUCCUUCACCUGGGACAUUAAUGAUGAAGCAAAGGUGUUCAUCUCCGUGAACUGCUUAAGCACCGAUUUCUCAUCCCAGAAGGGUGUGAAGGGGUUGCCUCUUAACAUCCAGAUCGACACCUACAGUUAUAACAACCGCAGCAACAAACCAGUGCACCGGGCCUACUGCCAGAUCAAAGUCUUCUGUGACAAGGGAGCGGAGCGGAAAAUCAGGGAUGAAGAACGAAAGCAGAGCAAAAGAAAAGUUUCUGAUGUCAAAGUGCCACUGCUUCCCUCCCACAAGCGGAUGGACAUCACAGUGUUCAAGCCCUUUCUUGACCUGGAUACGCAGCCCGUCCUCUUUAUUCCUGACGUGCAUUUUGCCAACCUGCAGCGGGGCACUCAUGUUCUUCCCAUUGCCUCAGAGGAAUUGGAGGGUGAAGGAUCUGCCUUAAAAAGGGGACCAUAUGGAACGGAAGAUGACUUUGCUGUCCCACCUCCUGCUAAGCUGCCCCGGAUGGAAGAGCCAAAGAGAGUACUUCUCUACGUUCGAAAGGAGUCUGAAGAAGUCUUUGAUGCGCUGAUGCUCAAGACCCCGUCUUUGAAGGGCUUGAUGGAGGCCAUCUCAGACAAAUAUGAUGUUCCCCAUGACAAGAUUGGGAAAAUAUUCAAGAAGUGCAAGAAAGGGAUCCUGGUGAACAUGGAUGACAACAUUGUGAAGCACUACUCCAAUGAAGACACCUUCCAGCUGCAGAUUGAGGAAGCUGGGGGAUCCUACAAGCUCACCCUGAUGGAGAUCUAAGGCCUGGGCCCUCAGCCCCCUGGGAGGUCAAUGGAGGUGUUCCGUAAAUGUUUGGCCAGCCGCAGGGACCCAGACGCCCACCUUGCAAACACAGGUGGAUGUCAGGGGAAGGAAUUGCUUUUGAGUUGGCGAUGGACCUGCAUUUAAUAUGUUGCGUUGGCAUUUUUCAGUUGACAGAAAAAUUCAUGUAUCAUUAUAUUUGAUUUUCCAAAAUACUUAGGACUAAAAGUGAAAAUUUUGUUCCAGGAUUUAACAGACUCUGGAAACCUUUAGGGUGCCUGCUACCUUCUUAUUUAUCAAAAUAUUGUGGUAUCUGCCUUGUCGAC